AUGGAUCUCAGUAUUGCAAACUAUGCGAGUAGCACUGUUAGUGUAUUUCUUGGUUAUGGUAAUGGAAGCUUCAAAACAGAAAUGAUUAUUCCAACUAGUGCUACUCCCGUCUAUAUUGUCGCCAAUGAUUUCAACCGUGAUGGUAAAAUGGAUUUCGCUGUUGUUCACAACACAAUUUCGAGUUUAGGAGUAUCACUCGGCUUGGAAAAUGGCUCUUUCGAUACACAAUUGAAUUUUCCAAUUUGUAACAAAUCAUAUGGAAUUGCUGUUGGUGAUUUCAACGGUGACAAUGUGUUAGACCUCGCUGUCGCUAACAAUUAUUGGACCAAUGUUGGUGUACUACUCGGCUAUGGUAAUGGACUUUUUAGACCUCAGACAACUAUUGGUACUGGCAUGUUUCCAACUCUAUUACGUGUUGCUGAUUUCAAUCAUGAUAAUCACUUGGAUUUUGCUGUCGCUAAUUGGGCUAAUAACAGUGUGGGUGUGCAUCUUGGAUGUGGCGAUGGUAGUUUUCGAGCAGGAAAGACAUUUUCAACAAGCGCAAACCCAUGGGGUCUAGCUAUUGGAGAUUUCAAUGGUGAUAAUAGCAUGGAUCUGGUUACUACCAACUGUGGAGACAACACGAUGAGUGUACUACUUAACUAUGGAGAUGGAACCUUUAGACCACAAACGACUUAUGCGAUUGGUGAUUGUUCGUAUGAAGUAGCUGUUGGUGAUUUGAAUGGCGAUACCUAUAUCGAUAUCAUAAUUAUCGGUACUUAUUCCGCCUAUAUGAGUGUAUUUCUUGGUUAUGGUAAUGGAAGCUUUGCAACAGCAAUCACUUUUAUCACUGAUUUGAAUCCUUUAUCGUUGACUGUGCAUGACUUCAACGAAGAUGGUCGACUGGAUAUCGCUACCUCUCAUAACGGUGGAACUGUCAAUAUCUUUUUAAACACCUGUUAA